AUGGGCUCGGUGCUGCCGGCGGAGGCGCUGGUGCUGAAGGGGGCCCUGAAGGCGCCGGCGGGGCUCUCCUUGGCCGAAGUCAUCACCUCCGACAUCCUCCACAGCUUCCUCUACGGCCGAUGGAGGAACGUCCUCGGGGAGCAGCUCUUCGAGGAGAAGGCGCCCGGCGCCAACCCUAAGACCGCCUUCACCGCCGAGGUCCUCGCCCAGUCCUUCUCCGGAGAGGUCCAGAAGCUCUCCAGCCUAGUGCUGCCGUCGGAGGUCAUCAUCGCCCAGAGCUCCAUCCCCGGCGAAGGGCUGGGCAUCUUCUCCAAAACCUGGAUCAAAGCUGGCACUGAGAUGGGACCCUUCACCGGACGCAUCAUCUCCCCAGAACAUGUCGACCUCUGCAAAAACAACAACCUCAUGUGGGAG